CAAAGCACCCCUCCCCCCUUCAAUCGAUCUACACUCCUCACCUCGGUUUUUUUUCUUCAUCUUGUUUUCGUUUUGAAUCUGCUGCUUCUUGCAAAUCUGCCAGUUCUUACGCUUCUAAGUGGUGAUAUUUAUCCGUAUUAAUCAAAAAGUUUGUCCAGUUAUGGCGGAUCACGAAGAUGAGCUUUUAGGUGAUGAUGGCUCUGCUAUGGAAAACGGUAAUGGCCUUCUAUCAGGAUCUCUAGAUUGUGAAUUGGAGCAAAGUCUCAUCGAUGGUGAUCAGGAACGAUCAGAUGAUGCUGAACUUGCCGCAAUCAAAGCGAGAGUAAAGGAAAUGGAAGAGGAAGCAGAGAAAUUGAAGCAGCUGCAAUCAGAAGUCGAUAAACAGAUCCUUGGCAGUCCCCCUCAGAAUAGUAGUUCUCUCAACUUAUCAUUAGAAGAAAAACAAGAAAUUGACAAUCGAUCAAUUUUUGUCGGCAACGUGGACUAUGGUGCAACAGCCGAAGAACUAGAGCAGCAUUUUCAUGGUUGCGGUUCAAUAAACCGUGUCACUAUCCUAUGUAAUAAAUUUGAUGGCCACCCUAAAGGCUUCGCAUACAUUGAAUUCACGGACAAAGAGUCAGUAGUAACAGCAAUGGCCAUGGAUGAGUCAUUGUUCCGCGGACGACAAAUCAAAGUUAAUCCUAAAAGGACGAACCGACCAGGCCUUAGUACGACAAAUAAUCGUGGCUUUGGUAGAGGUCGGCCACGAGGACGAGGGUUUGGAAGGGGCGGCUUCUAUGGUGGAUACAGACCUGUUAGGCGAGCGAGAGCAUAUCGGAGAUCAUCGUACUUCCCAUACUAAGUAAUGCUGUGUUAUUAUUCCAACAAGUUCAUUCGAUGAGUUUAUGCUUGGGCCCCCAAGAACAGUAUCGGAUCCAUUGAAAUCCUGCGAUUUUGCUCCUAAAUGUGAACAACCAAGGAAAUCCAUCUGAUGUAAUGCUUGGUGUAGUGUAAGUAGAAGGUAUUCGUCAAGGUAUGAUUGAAUGUUAGGCAGUUGUAAAAGAUUGUGGCUGAACUGAUUUUGAAUUAAAAAUUAAUACCUACGUUCAUAAAAACCGCCUUUCUCUUAUAAUUUCUAUAUCGCAAUGAAAUAUGAUCUUUAUUGAUCUGGUUGUUGCCAAUUUAAUCCAUGAAUAAUUUGCCUUCUGCUAAAACGUCAUAUUCCUUUCUUUGGGCUUCAAUUGCAGUAUUAUUAACUGAUCGUGAGUGUGCCCAAAGAAGUUUUUGGAAGAAGAAAUAUACAUUUUGAACUUACUGGAGUUGUUAUGGCGUCCGAUAUUUGUGUGUUGGCUGGUGCUGCUCUUAAAAAUUAAUUCGGACGAGGAAGACAAUAAUAUUAAAAAUAAAUAAUAGUUUUAGUUCCUAGACCUGAAUUACCUGAAGUGAAAGAAUAACUCACCAUGACAUGCAUUAUUUCCAAUGCUUUAUGAGGCAUUAAACAUUACUUCUUUGUUUUAAUGUUAGUCUAAUGCUGCGCUAUUUUUGGGUUGAGAAUUUUUAAAUCCACAGGUAAUUGAAUAUCCUCAGGCAAACACCAAACUGGACCAGAUUGAUAUUAGAGGAACUAACAGAAAAACUAAAGAAAACUAACUUAGGAAAAUUCAGAGAAUAACAUUAAAGAACAUGGGAACCACACUGAAGCAUAAACAUAGCGAUUAGUGUGUUAAAAAAGAUGCUUCCAAGUGAAAUGCAUAAAAAAAGUAAAGUAGUAAAUAAAUUGCAUCCAUAGCUGUGCUUGAAAUGACUUUCAAAGACGGUAUCUUAAAGGGACAUUUGCUUUUUUAUUCAAACUUGCUCCUAUCAUGUCUUAUGCAGACGCUCCUUCUCUUGAGAGAUUACUGCGUGUACUUACCUACUUUACAAAUAGUUCUCAGAGAUUUGUUUUUAUUUCAUUUCUUAAUUUCAUUCUAUUGUUUUAUGCUGCAGCUGAAAAAGAUUUAGUUUCUGUGCAAAAAAGCAAUACAGAGCUCUUUUUUUUUUGUCUUUUAUGUAUAACUAGUUUUUUUCUAGAAUUUUUGUUCUUUAUAAAUUAUAAAAGUUUUCAUUUAUUAGCCUUAAAAUUGCAAGUGGUUGAAUUUUGUCCUACAGCAUUACUGGUGUCGACUAUUUUUUAUCCAGUUUGCUCUCAUGUGUGCCUCUGAUGGGCAUUGACAUUUUACAAAAUAAAACAUGCAGUCA